AUGCAGAGCGGAGAAUCCAUCUACGACCUCAUCCCCAAGCCGGUGGAGGUGCCCGAGCGGCCUCCGAUUUACGUCUCUCAGGUGCGCGCGUCCCGCGACCCGCGGAUCGUUCGCGCGCCGCGCGAGACGCGCGUCGCCGGUCCUCGGAGACGGCGGCGCCGUCGCGCGAGGACGCGAUCGCGCGUCUCGAGCGAUCGCGCCCGAGCCUCGCGUCGAACGAAUCCCCGCGGUUCCCACCCUCUUCCGUUUGAACCCAAUUCUGACCCUCCUCGCGCGCACACCUCGCGAAAUCCUCCCCUCUCGCAGCACCCGAAGGACGUGGACGCCGAGAGGCGAUCGAAGGCGACGUUCGGGCACGCGAUCGGGUCGCUCAAACCGAUCCCGACGAACUUCCUGAAGUCGCACGCGAAAGAGCCCGUGCUCCCCUCGCAGAGUCCGCCCCCGUCCCUGCCAAAAGGGGACAUCGUUUUUUCUCUCGCGCGAAAAGUCUCUCUCUCUCGUCCGACGUUACCCGCUGACCUCCCCCGUUCCCUCGUCCACCCACCCCCGUUCGAACCCAAUCCAUCCACAGCGGAGCGCCCGACCCGCGAACGCGCGACGCUGAAACCCCCCGUCCCGAGCAAGGAGGAGCGGCCGACAAUGGGCCUCGUGUCGAAGAAAAAUUUCGUCUACGCCAACGCGGUUGAGAACAUCCUCUCCAAGCCGCCGACGAAGACGGCGCCGACGCGAAUGACGGAGAAGCCGGAGUACGGCAAGGUGCCGAAGUACCUCGAGACGAUCAAGUCGCAGAUAUCCGCGGAGAAGGCGUUUAUCGCGGCGCGCGAGGAGGAGCUCGCGAAGGAGCAGAGCGGGCGGACGCGAGAGCUGUCCCAAGAGGAGGUGGACGGUCUCGUGCGCGACAUGAAGAUCAAGUGGGCGAAGCUGAACGACGCGUACGGGCGUCUGCCGUUCACCCUGGACGUGCCGAGCAAGAAGAGGAAGAAGGAGGAGCUGGAGAAGGAGAUGACGCAGCUCGAGAAGGACAUCAAGAGGCUGCAAGGCAGGCGGGUGGUGGUCGUGUACUGA